AUGUCAGGAGCUGAUACCGUUUUAGUUACCGGCGCAUCGUCCGGUUUUGGCCGCGCUCUGUGCGACACUGUUCUCAAGAACGGCGAGAUAGUCGUCGCCAUAGCCCGUCGCGUACACCUGCUCGACGACCUCGUGGACCAGUACUCCGCCGACCGCAUCCUUGCUGUCAGAACGGACGUCACCCAUCCCCAAGAUGUCGCCGAGGCCUUCGCUCAAGCUAAGAAUGCGUUCGGUCACGUCGACGUCGUCUUCAACAACGCCGGAUACGCGGACCUGGGCGAAGUAGAGAGCGUCCAGGACACCGAUGCGCGCGCUCUCUUUGAGACCAACUUCUGGGGUGCGGUUAGCGUCACUCGGGAAGCUGUCAGGUUCUUUCGCGAGUCCAACCCCCCUGGCGAUGGUGGUCGUCUCCUCCAGAUGACAUCCAUGUAUGGCAUCGUGGGCGCUAACUGCCUGGCUUUCUACUCCGCGUCGAAGCACGCUCUGGAAGGAUUUACGAAAAGCAUCGCCCAAGAGCUUGACCCCACUUGGAACAUCAAGGUUACCCUACUUGAACCGGGCUUCUUCCAGACCGAGCUCAUCUCUCAUAUCAUGAAGUGGACACCCCCGCACCCCGCAUACCUCACGUCCCCGCUGCCGAGCACCAUGCGGGCGGGCUGGGACGCGUUCGUGCCGGCCGGCGAUACCGCAAAGGUGGCAGAUGCGUUCUACGGGGCGGCGGCGAUCCCGGACCCCCCUCUGCAUCUCCCACUUGGGAAGGAUGCCGUCGCGAACACCAGGAAGAUGGUGGCUGAGCUGGGGGACGCUCUUGCACGCUAUGAGUCCUGGUCGGACGACGUUGAGUUCACGUCUGGACAGGUGCUGGCGUGCGAGAGCGUUUGA